ACAACAAACGCGCUUUCCACGGCAGGAAGAGACGCCACAGAGAGAAAGAAAGACAUUUAACAUGUAGUUAUAUGAACAGACACUUCGGUAAAGUUACGAGUUUGUGGAUGAAACGACAUAAAAAGGACGAAGAACACGUCGCAUCCAGAUUUUCUGAGCAGACUUUGUAAAGAGCAGAGCAGCUGUCCCGGACUGUCCACUCGACUGUACACGUUUGGGAGAACAGAGGGAGACGAAGAGAGAAUGAAGAGCUGCUCGCCGUGUGACUUCUUGGGAUGCUCGAGCGACCUGAACCUCAUGCUUUUUUAAGGCCUCCAGAAGCGAAACACAGGGUGUCAUUAACAGAGCGAGUGACCCCUCUGAGCUGCCACCAUGGCCCUGGUUCAGGCUCUGCCCAUAUCUGCUGAGCCCCACAACCCCGGCCUCAGUGGAGGACCCCGCAGGAGACACCCCUCUGGCUCUUCACCCCCCCUCAACGCACCAUCCUCCACUCUGGAUCCUAUGGGGUCUGUGAGCAGCCUCAUCGCCAGCCGCCCGGGUCCUUACCAGGACCACCGACCUAUCGGUGAGCUGGGAGCCAGGGUCCGACGGCCCACACCAGGCGCCUCCUGCCUGGGCUCCGAUUCACCCCUGGAUUCCUUAUUACUGCAGAACAUCCCGCCGCUGAAGAAACAGAGCUCCACGACAUCCAGCAGGGGGCUGGAGAAGGAGAGUGGGAAUGGGAACUAUACCUAUCUGAAUGAGGACUACGUAGGUGACUGGAAUGAAAACCAUGCAACACGCGCGAGCCCAGGAAGUGACGCUGAUGAGACUAAAGGAUCAGGGUUGAAUGGUAACAUGGGCGGACCUCCUCCAAAACUGAUUCCUGUGUCAGGAAAACUUGAGAAGAACAUGGAGAAAACAGUGCUGCGACCCACUGCUUUCAAACCCGUCAUUCCCAAGAGCCGUACCUCCAUGCAAUACCUCUCCCCUCGCCAUUGUGCCAAUGUAUCCGAAAGCCAAAACAAUCUGAACCUGCUGAGCCCCACACACAUAGAGGCGUCGCCUUCCUGCUCUGAGAAAAGCAGCGCGCACAGCAGAGCCCGUAACAGCGGAGGCGGCAGCAGCCACUCCUGCCAACUGACCGACUCUGGACGCAACUCCCUCUCCAGCCUCCCACCUUACAGCAGCGCCGGCUACAGCCUGGCAUCAGGAGAGGCCUCUGCUGGCCACCUGGAGCCCAUGAAAAGCGCCCCACCAGUCAGCGGACACGGACACUCCAACUCAGACAGCGGGCGCUCGUCCUCCAGUAAGAGUACAGGCUCUGGCUCAUUAAGUGGCCGAGGACAACCUCUGUCUGACAGCGGGUCCACCGGGCGCUCCCCUGGCCCGGUGGAGGGUUACGAGGGGGUGGUGAGGGACCUGGAGGAUAAACUGAGGGAGAGAGAGCAGGAGCUGCAGCAACUCAGAGACAACCUGGAUGAGAAUGAAGCUGCAAUUUGUCAGGUUUAUGAGGAGAAGCAGAAGCGCUUUGAGCUGGAGCUGGAGGAGCUGAGGCAGAGCUGUGCCACCAGGAUGCAGGUCGCCUCACAGAAGUCCCAGCGUGCACAGCAGGUGCUUCAGUUGCAGGUUUUUCAGCUCCAGCAGGAGAAGAAGAAGCUGCAGGAGGACUUUGCUCAGCUUUUGAAGGAGCGGGAGCAGCUAGAGGAGCGCUGCACCUCCUAUGAGCACGAGAAGAUCCAGCUGGGGCCUCGACUGGAGGAGAGCAAGUGGGAGGUCUGUCAGAAGUCGGGGGAAAUCUCGUUGCUGAAGCAGCAGCUGAAGGAGGUGCAGGGAGAGUUAGCCCAACGUGUGGGAGAGAUCGUCUCACUGCGAGGUCAACUCAGAGAGACUCGUGGCGAGCUCACAAACACCCAGGUCCUGCUCCAGGAGGCCCACGGCACAACCCGCACACGAACCCUGGAGCUGGAGGUGUGUGAAAACGAGCUUCAGCGUCGCAAAAGCGAAGCGGAGCUGCUCAGAGAAAAGGUAGGUCGCCUCGAGGGAGAGUUGGUUCAUCUCAGAGAUGCUUUGGCCAAUCAGGGCCCAGGAAACAGACAGUGUCAGGUGUUCCAGGAAGCAGAGGAGCACCUGCUGGCCUAUGAGAGUGAUGAGGCGAAGGCCCAGCGGCAGAGCAGCAGCGAGGGGCUGCAGAACAUGAAGGUGCAGAUGGACAGAAUGAGGGCUGAGCUGGCCUUCGAGCGUCAGCGAGCCGAGGAGCAAACGGGAGGCUUCGAGGAGGAGCGCAGGAUAUGGCAGGAGGAAAAGGACAAAGUUAUCCGCUACCAGAAGCAGCUGCAGCAGAACUAUGUGCAGAUGUAUCGCAGGAACCGAGAGCUGGAGCAGCUCCUGCAGGAGCUCAGUCAGGAACUGGAGAGCAGAGAGGAGGAUGAGGGCAGCGGCAACGAGAUCAACUUUGAUGAGAUCGCCGCUACGGAAAUCUGACCCUUGUGUCUCUCCAUCUUUUGAUUUGCACUACUGUCAGCUAAAUAUUUUUUCGUCACCUACAUCACAGUAAAAAAAUCUGCAGUUUCAAAUGAGACACUCUUUAGUUCUGCCUCAUUGGUCUAUUCUCCAAGGAGUCCCACUUGAAAGUCAGUGACCUCUAUUAGUCAUUAGUAGGCCACCUCAGUCUCCUGCCCUUCUGUUAAAGGGAAAGUUUGGAUUUUUUGAAGUGGGGUUGUAUGAGGUACUUCUCCAUAGUUAGUGUAUUACCUACUGUAGAUGGUGGGUCAGCAUGCCCCCAGUUUGGAGGAGCAGGCAGGUGUACCGCCAUGGGAGCUUAACAGUGUACUGCUGUGGAUGAGGGUAACAGCAAAACAUAUUUUAGCCAUCUAAAAAAAAUCAGAAUCCGUUUAAGUGGGCACUAUAUUUUGAAUAUUUUAAUUGCUUUACC